CCUCCCUCCCUCCCUCCCCUCUGACGCCUCCGGCCCCGACGCCCAGAUCCCCAAGCUAGCGGCCACACGAUCCACCCCCUUCACCCCCACCCACGGCCACAAGAUCGAUCCCAAGGCCACCAGCUCGCCCGUCGGGGUCGUAUGGUCCCUAGCGCGAGGAGAGGCGGAAGUGGAGGAAGUCGGCAUGCUCCGCUUCUCCUCCGCCUAUUUCCUUCGCGGGGCUCCCAUUCUUCCUAUUUCCCCAGAUGCGGCGCAUGGCGACAUCUAUACAAUGGUGCAGCACCUGCGGUGAAAAGGGCCGAACUGCUUCUGUGAGGCAAGAACGUUCUUGAGCCUUAUCAUUGGUACUCACUGCUGUUUUACAUUUCCGGACGAGCUGGAGCUGCUGCUCCCAGUCAUGCUGUGCUUGUCCCAAGGUGCCCUUUGCUGGAACCAAAGAGACCCACAAACGUCUUGGUCCACUUUCAGCCCGGCCCAUACUGCCACCAAUCAAAAAGUCCAAAACCCAAAUCUUUUUCCCGACCCUAGUCCUCUUCCACUCCAUUGUACGCCAUUGCCAGCUCAAGCUGCUAUACAGCCACGCUGAUGCUCCCAUUGCCGCCGGCGAUCUCGCCGGCGCGGCUACACAAGCUGGUGACCUCGCAGCCAGACCCGCUCCUCGCGCUGGAGCUCGUCACUGUCACCUCCCCGACUACCACUCCGCACCCUGCCACGCUCCACUCUCUCCUGCUCCGCCUCGCCCGCCGCCGUGACCACCUACCCCACGCGCUAGCGCUCCUCCGCCGCCUCCCAUCCCCGCCAUCUCCGCGCCUCCUGCUCCCGCUCAUCCUCGCAGUGCUCCGCCUCCGCCGGCAACCUCAACUCUUCCUCUCCACCUUCAACUCCCUCUUCGUCUCCGGCCCUAGCCCCCUGCUGCUCCACCCACAGGUCCUUCUUCGCCUCCUUGGCGUCCUCUCCUCCACUGCCUCCCACUUCCCAUCCGCACUCCACCUCCUCCGCCUCGUCUCCUCGCGGCUACCCCUCCCCGCGUCACUCGUCCUCGCCUCCCACAACCUGCUAAUCAAGGCCGCCGCUCGCUCCGGCCACGUCGCCGUUUCACUAUCCCUCUUCCACCGUCUCCGCUCACUCCAUGUAUCCCCCGACGCUAACACCUACCGCAUCCUUACCCAGUCACUCUGCCGCAAGGCCCAGGUCCGCACUGCGGCUACACUGCUCGACGAAAUGCUGCACAGGGGCAUCCCUGCUGAUCCGCUGGCGUACACCACCGUGCUGAACGCCCUCUGCCGCAAGAAGCAGCUCCGAGAGGCAUACCGCCUGCUUUGUCUCAUGCGAGGCCGUGGAGUUUCCCCAGACAUUGUGCAUUACAACACGGUCAUUGUUGGAAUGUGCCGCGAGGGGCGGCCACUGGAUGCCUGCAAGGUUGUUGGUGAUAUGGUUGACAGUGGAUGCACACUGAAUGCAGCGACAUAUGCAACAUUGGUAAAUGGGCUGUGUGUAAGCGGAUUGUACGAAAAGGCGGAGGCGUACCUGGUGGAUAUGGUGGGUAAAGGGCUUGUGCCUCAUUUUUCUUUAUUUCAUUCAGUUAUCAAGGGUUAUUGUGGAGUUGGGAAAGUGGAGGAGGCUGCACAAAUCAUGACUUGGAUGCUUGAUCUUGGAGUGACUCCGCAUGUUGAGAGCUGGAGUUCAGUGAUCAGAUGUGUUUGUAAUGACGAGGAUUGUGUUGAGGCAGUACUGUUGCAGUUGGUGACAGGAAGGCAGCAUGGUUCAAGCACAAGCAGUACCUUAAAAUGAUGUCAUGUGACGAGGUGCAAAACAAACAAUUGAGCUUCAAUUUCUGGUGGAUAUAAAGAAACAGUUCUACAAGAAAAUAGCAGUAGAUAUUGCAAAAUCUGGGGAGCGCAGUUAUCACCUGCUGUAAGCAGUAUAGAAACUUGUGGAGGGAAAAUUGGUGGUUCUGAAACUGUUCUUGAAAAGAUUCGCCAACUGAAUUGACGUACUCAAGCUGGAUCAUGAAGACACCGACAGCAGUCACUAUAAAAACCACAUUGUUAUCCUCAUCUCUCCACCGCCGGGUCUCAACGAAACGAGCUUUUCCAGAUCAAUGGUUUCCUACAGCACCCACUUCGAAUUGACAGUACCAAGACCAUGAUAAUUAACCUGCAGCACCCAGACUUUGAUUCGUGGUUGUCCAGUGGAAGAGCCGGCGUGGUG